CAGACAUGCAACGCCUGAUGAAAAUGUUUUUGUCUUGCCCAGAAACUCCGGUGUGUACUGAGAAUUAUAGUGGAAGAGAAUGCUCUCACGGAUAUUUCGUCUACCGGAAAAUUACUCAUCUCAUCCUAGAAACAAUGUCACAAGUAGCCUGAUCAAGCAGUUUCUUGACCAUAACAUUGAACUAAAAAACUUCAAAGCUCUUAUAGGCGGGCCGCAUAGCAGCGGGAAAACUUCACUGCUAUUUUCUUUGGCAAUUUCCUUAGCAGAAGAGGAGAAAAAUGUACUGUUUAUCAGCCCCAAAAAGCUAUCUAGGCUUCCUCUCAUGCCUGAAGGUAGAGAACAACCUACUGGAUCUGUUUUAAAGCGGAUACACAUGGUUUAUUUGGGCUCAAAGGAGGAAUACUUGAAGUAUAUGAGCUCCUUACAUGUUGAGUUAAGCGACCUGGUAUUUCACUGUAUGAUUGUUGAUGGGCUUGACUGCUAUAUUGGAGGUGUUGCCAAAAACGAGGAUGUAGCAGUAAUUGCAAGGUUGUUAGCAUACACGGUUGAUGCGUUUACAUUUUUGAUUGAUAAGCAACGUAAAGAUAAUACUUCUGAAAAAGCAAGCAUAUUGCUGCUGUGUACAAGCAUACCACCAGGAAGUAUUACAGUGCCAAGGAGGAUGCUUUAUGAAAGAUGGAUGGAUCAUAUAUUCACAAUAAAGCACAGAGACAAUGAUAGACACUUUCAAUUAUCAUUGAUGGCUCCUCUAUGUCAAGUAGAGGGGACCACACUCAUUGAUGUCCAGUAUAUUCUCUCUGAUGCACAUUUUAGUUUGCAGGAAAUUUCUGCUUGAAGCAUUGUUUUUCAGUCUCCUGUGCAGCUGUCCUCAGCGUCAGUCUCAAAUCCCUGACACCAAGGAUGGUUCCCCAGUAGACUAUUUUUUUCAGGGAUUUAAAAAAUGAAAUUUCACAAUGUAAUAUUAAGAGAUUUAGGUAUUUAUUUACCUGUACAUCAGUCUGAACAUCCACUUGCAAAGAUAAGCAUAUUUUGAAAUACAGGGGAUUGUACAUAAGCAGUUUUAAAACAAGUAUUUUAAAAAAAACUUGUAAAUGCAAGGGAAUACUUUGUAAAGAUUUAAACUUGUGUGUAAUGGAAAAAAUAACGUAUCAGUUAAACAGGUGUUUUGAAAGACAAACAUUAAAAUAAACAUGAUUAUGUUGAA